AUAACAACAAUGACAGCUAUGAUACAGCAUCGUCGCGUUCGUUUUCGUGUCGUAGUCGAAGAACCAUCAAAGCUCUUCAAUUAAAUCACGCCUAGUCAUUGGAUCAGGUUUUCAGACUCUUGAAAGGUUUGAAUAUAAUUUCGGUGAAUGCCGGUAUUCAGUUUAGAUCGAUUUGUGAGUUCAAAGCGUAAACAUUGUCAAGAGAAAAAAAAAAAACAAGAAUCAAAAUUGAGGAAACUAAGCCAACAAAAUGAAGACUAUAUCGUUAAUUGUGGGCGUUUUGGCAGCUGUGACAGUCCCUUCAGUGCAGGGAUACGCAAUAGGAGUAGCAAAAUAUGGCAAAAUCGAGAAGUUCCCCUAUCAAGUGAUGCUGAUUGGAAAACAGUUUUGGAAAAAGCGGGUCCUCUGCGGUGGAACUUUGUUAGACAAUGAGUGGAUUUUGACAGCUGCCCAUUGCGCUUCCGGUGUUACACACUUUGAUGUUCAUUUGGGCGCGAAAUUCUUCGACUCAAAUAACGAGGCUGGCAGAGUGAUCAUGAAGACGGAUCAAUUUAUUGUUCACGAACAGUUCAAUCCUAAUUAUGCAGCAAAUGACAUUGCGUUGGUGAAACUCCCAGAACGGGUCCAAUUCACGACAAAAAUUAAGCCAGCGGUCUUACCCUACCGGUUCCAGGAUGAGGCAUUGGAAGGGAGCAAGGUGAUUGCCAGCGGAUGGGGAUCUCUGGGAGAAGGAGUGAAUUCCGGUGCCAUGCAAUACACCGAACUGGCAGUGAUAUCAAACAAAGAGUGCAUAUAUCAUUACAACAAGGACAUCAUUACCGACAAAGUGAUCUGUGCCAAGGGAUUGGAUAUGGAAACUGUUUGUACAGGGGACUCUGGUGGGCCACUUGUCCUCAAAGGGUCUCAAGUGAUAGUGGGUGUGACGAGUUUCGGUCCAGCUGACGGAUGUGAAACAAAUGUUCCUGGGGGAUUCACCAGGGUGACCAAAUAUUUAAAUUGGAUCAGAGACAGAAUAAGUGCCAAUGGAAAACGAAAUUACAAUGUUAGAAAUAAUAUUGUGUAGUAAUAGAUUUUUGUGUCUCUUGGACAAAAAUUACCUCGACUGAAAUUUAAACUUAAAUUUAGUAACUAAGUUGUAUAUCAUAUAAGGUUGUGAUUUAACUAAUAUUUAAUUUUUUCUAAUGUGGUGUGUUAAAAGAACUGUUUUAAUUCAAAAAACUAUUAUUAUUGUCAUAGAAUAAAUUUGGAUUUAUUUAAGUUAUUUAUAAAAAUGUUGUAGGUUAUUGCACAUCAAUUCAUUUGUAUUCGUUAUAUUUUUAAAGAAUUUCUAUAUCCGAUAAUUUUGUUGGUAGAAAAAAUUCAAAUUUAAAUUUGCAUGCUAGUCAAACUUCAUAAAACUUUUAUUUUUAGCUUUACAUAUACAUUAAAUAAAACCGUCAUUAUGAUAAUAUUCAACCA